AUGCAAGCAUUAAAACAAGUUGUUGUUCGCAAUAGCAAGAGUGUGUUGCGUGAUCUGCCUAGAGUGCCUACUACGGAAUAUUUAGAAAACACCCGAUUGUACAAUGAUAUUUUUUUCUCUGGAUAUAGACCUGUGAUGUAUCCUGUGAAGGAGAAUCCAUUGUUCCGGAAUGGCGAGUUGAAGAAGAAGUGGGAGGAGCAACUGAGGCAGGACUAG